GACUUACGAUGCAAGUUUGACUGCGACUGAGUGCUUACACCAGCCGGUAGCAAGUGUUUGAUUAGCCAUCUUGCGUAUCUAUAAUACUGUUUUCCCAGUUUUACGUUGCACUACCGGUAGCAGUCUUAAUUCGCGAAAAGGAUAAUAAUUAUCCUACGUUUUCAUUUUUGAGCAAAAUAAUCGGCUGUGCCGCCUAUAUUUAGUCUGAGCUUGUUGCUAGCUACAAAACAUAACUGGGGGAGUAAAUAUCAGCUUUCUGCCCAAUAUUGUUUGGUUCAUAUCAUAGACUGUAUCGAUAUGAAGCAGUGAACACAUAGUUGAACAUUUCAGGCUGCUGUUUUUUCAUUGAAGAAAUGGCUUCAAAUCCACCUGGUCAAGGUUUUCAGAAAAACCACCGGGUGGCUAUUCUGGCGGAGCUGGAUAAAGAGAAAAGGCGCCUUAUACAGAAUCAGUCAAUGAACAAUCCAGGAGCAAGUAUCCCUCUUUCAAGGCCAGCCCUGAAUAAGGACUUUAGAGACCACGCAGAGCAGCAGCACAUCGCUGCUCAGCAGAAAGCAGCUCUACAGCAUGCACAUGCACAUUCGUCUGGCUUCUUCAUUACCCAGGACUCUUCCUUCGGAAACCUCAUACUUCCUGUUUUGCCACGAUUGGAGCCAGAGUAAUGCAGUUCGACCAAGAUAAGAAGACGUUGAGGCGGAACAUUUACACGUUACCACGCUCGAUUUUUGUUCAACCCACCAACCAUUUUAUAGGGUUUCAGAAAAUAGGAUAACAAAUUUUAGUCUCUCUCCUGUUGGUUCUGAUGUGUUUAAAUAUUUUCUUUUCUUUUUUUAUAAUAAAAUUCCAGUAGAAAAUUAAA